AGCCGGAGGGAUGUUUGAUGUUGCUGAAAUACAGGAGCUGUCGGGGGGAGGAGAGCGGCCCACACUGCAGGAUUUCACCUUCCUCCGCGCGGCUGGCAGGGACGGAUCGGGACGCCCUGUAACCUAAUCCUGGCCCCCGGGGGGUCUGGAGGGCCCCGGGCGACACUCCUCUCUCAGCCCUCCUCUUUCUGGAGACGCGGACGGACUCGUUUCUCCUCACACUCACACCAGAGGACGCGCAGCGAAGACCAGCCGGGAUCUAGAGAUCUGAAGCCGUGGGACGGACCUUUCUCUCACGCCGCCCUCCAUGUCCUCUGUGUCGGUCUCCUCUCAGGAGGGGCGGAGCAUGUCCAGGAUGUCUCUGAGUCGCUCACCUGUGUCGCCCAUGACUGCCCAGGGCAUCCCGUCACCCGCCCAGCUCACCAAGGCCAACGCCCCUGUCCACAUCGACGUGGGGGGUCACAUGUACACCAGCAGCCUGGCAACGCUCACCAAGUUCCCCGAGUCCAGGAUCAGCCGGCUGUUCAGCGGCGCCGAGCCCAUCGUGCUGGACAGUCUGAAGCAGCACUACUUCAUCGACAGAGACGGGGACAUCUUCCGCUACAUCCUCAGCUUUCUGCGCACCUGCAAGCUGCUGCUUCCUGAAGACUUCCAGGACUUCCCCCAGCUGUACGAGGAGGCUCGGUACUAUCAGCUGACUCCGAUGGUCCGCGAGCUGGAGCGCUGGCAGGCGGAACGCGAGGCCCAGCGGGUGGCGCCCUGCGAGUGUCUGGUGGUCCGAGUCACGCCCGACUUGGGCGAGAGGAUCGCGCUGAGCGGUGAGAAGGUCCUCAUCGAGGAGAUCUUCCCCGAGACUGGAGACGUCAUGUGCAACUCGGUGAACGCCGGCUGGAACCAGGACCCCACCCACGUCAUCCGCUUCCCUCUUAAUGGGUACCUGAGGCUCAACUCGGUGCAGGUCCUCGAGCGUCUCUUCUUGAAGGGCUUCGGCAUCAAGGCGUCCUGCGGCGGCGGCGUCGACUCGUCCCAGUUCAGCGAGUACGUGCUGUGUCGUGACCUGCGGCACAGCCAGUCCGUCACCAGCACGCCAAUCCGUAUCAAACAGGAGCCUCUGGACUAAAGCGCAGCAGUGACUGUGUCACCUGUGCACACCUGAGCACAGGUGAAGCUGAGGCCUCAGGAGGCGGAGCUCAGCUGUCCUGUAAAUACAGAAAGCUCCAUUUUCUAAGUGAACGUGUAAUUAGAUUUUUUUUAUAAAGUGCUGUUUGUACAUUUAAUGUCUUUGUAGCCCACUCUGUUGUUCUGAUAAAAAGAAGC